AUGGGUUGUACUAAUGCCAAAGUUGACGAACCCUUAAGCGAGAAACUAAGAGCCAAAGCCAUUGAGAUCUUCAAAAAACUAGACAUCAAAGGCAAUGGAACCAUAGACAAAUAAGGAACCGAACAGUUCUGGAAGUCUAACUUUGCUAAACUUAAUACUGAAGCACUCUUUGAGGCAGUAGAUUUCGAUAAGAGUGGAGAUAUCACUGAAGAUGAAUGGAUGGCUUUUUGGGAAAUUGUUAAACAAAAUGGUUAUUCAGAAGAAGAAAUCAAUAUUGAAGUAUUCGCACUUAUAUGCUAUUCCUAGUUGGAUGAGUUAUUGGAGGGUAAGGCAUGGGUCUAAUUCAAAAGAGUGGAUAGAUUCAUUAAAAUCGAUGAGAAAAGAAGAGGAUCCAGAGUUAAAUCAAUUGUUCAAGAGGAAAAAAGAAAGCUUUCAAUCAUCCAAUCAGCCAGAUUGCACAAAAGUAAAACUAUGCAGAGUGAAGGCCAGGAUUUACUAUAAGAGCAAUAAGAAUAAUCUUGA